CAUUAAACAGUUGUAGGAAGGAGAAGCCAAGAGGAGGACUGGAUGGGAAAAGAGGUGUUGUCUUUUCUAGUAGGAAGCUGCAAUGGCUACCCUGAGUGUAAAGUCAGGCCAGAGAUAUACACUUCGAGACUGGCAUACCAGUCAUGAACUCCUUGUGACCAAUGCUGAGCGCCAGCGCUUCGCCUCUCACCAGAUCAGACAGGAGGGUCGGGCCCUUCGCAAUGAAACAAACAACCAGACAAAAUGGGAUGAGCACGACAACUGCACAAAUCUCAAUGAGAGGAUUGAAUGUGUCAAUCGAUGGAAGGAAACCUUGGACAAAUAUCUGACAGAUAUUGACACGGAAAUCAAUGCCUUAACCCAGAUGAAGGAACAGGCAGAGCGUGCCCUGCAGGCUAAGAACUUGCCACUAGAUGUGGCUAUUGAAAAUAUUACUCUUCAGGAGAGUCGCCGAGCCAUUGAUGUGGUAAAGGACCCUGCUGAGGAUGAGCUGUACAAAGAAGUGGAGGUGAUUGAUAGCACUAAGAAAGCCCUUCAGCAGAAAGUGAGUGAGGCCUUUGAGCAGCUCUGCCUAUUGCAGGAGGCACGUCAACAGCUGAACUUUGACCAUCGGGCGAAAAUGGAAGCCCUAGACAUUGACCGGACCUGUGUUUCCCUCAACACCAAUUCUCCCAGUAUCUCAUACAAAGUCAAUCCUACCCGAGUGCCGAUUGGAUCGUUGAGUCCAGAGCAAUGGGAUCAAUACAGCCAAUACAAUAGGGACCGAGCAGAGGCAGAAAUGAAAGUGGCUUCUGAGUUGCGGGAGACCACAGCACUCACUGUUGCCCAGACUGACAACGAACUGGAAGCUCAGCGUGUGGCUACUGAGUUUGCCCUUCGGAAGCAUAUCCAUGACUUGGAGAGAGCUCUCAAUGAGUUGAAAUGGCAGGAGAAAAAUACCUUGGAAGAAAUUGCUGAAAUGCGGGGCGAUAUCAGACGUCUCAAAGAGGAUCUCCGAAACAAAGUGUGGAAUCUGAAACUGGCUCAUACCCGCCUGGAGACCCGGACUUAUCGGCCAAACAUGGAGUUCUGCCAUGACCAGGCUCAGCAAGGACUGACAGAUGAGGUUCAUCAGCUGGAAGGUACCAUUGCUACACUUAAACAGAAGCUGUUACAGUCACAGGAUGCUCUUGAUGCUCUCAACAAACACCUGUACCGCAACCAGGUGGACAUUAAAAUCAAGUCCAACUCCUUGUUUCUGGAUAACAAGUGCAUUGAUGGUAGAUGCAAGCUCACGGUCCCUGCUGAGAAAUUUGUACCUGAAGUGGACACCUUCAACCGAACCACCAACCGCACCCUCUCAGCCCUCAAGAGCCGUCAGUUGGAGCUGGCAUAG